AAUUCCAAACUGAAUUCUAUUUAGGGUAGGUUGAUUAGCGGAUCAACUGGAGGACUCGUCAAGAUUAACAUUACAUUUACAGCGGAGAAUUUAGUUCUGCAAGUCAAAGGAUUUAUUAUCCUUUCGCAAUAGGUUCAUUUUGCCGUUAUUAGAAGUCCUCCAGCGUACUGCGUUUUCUACACCAGUCUGAAGAUUUCCGAAACGAUGUCUUCAGAAGAAGACAGAGCCAAGGAGAUUCUGAAAGGUUUUAAACUAAACUGGAUGAACCUGCGUGAUGCGGAGACAGGCAAAGUGCUGUGGCAGGGCACUGAAGACCUCUCAGUACCAGGGGUAGAGCACGAAGCUCGGGUCCCUAAGAAGAUCCUAAAGUGUAAAGCAGUGUCUCGAGAGCUCAACUUCUCAUCGUCAGAAAAGCUGGAGAAGUUCCGACUGGAGCAGAAAGUCUUCUUCAAGGGACAAUGCCUGGAAGAGUGGUUCUUUGAGUUCGGCUUUGUGAUCCCCAAUUCUACCAACACGUGGCAGUCGCUCAUCGAGGCAGCACCCGAGUCACAGAUGAUGCCCGCUAAUGUGCUAACUGGGAACGUUGUGAUAGAGACCAAGUUUUUCGAUGAUGAGCUUCACGUCAGCACGUCAAAAGUGCGCCUCUUCUACGUCUGACCCCCAGGAGAGGAGAGGAGCAACACACACACACACACACACACACACACACACAUACACACUCUCUCACGCACAUACACACACACACACACACACACACACACACACACACACACACACACACACACACACACACACUCACACACACACACUCCGAGGGUGCACUUGUUGGGUCGGAGGGAGAGGGAUCCAUCACCUGCCCCCCAACUCCCUCCCCCCACCUCCUGCACCUUCUCUCCCUGACCAGUGGGGGGAGCACAGAGCAGCACAACGCUCCACCCACACAGUACACACACUCACUCACUCACACACACCCAGACACACUCUCUCUCACUCACUCACACACACCCAGACACACUCUCACUCACUCACACACACCCAGACACACUCUCACUCUCACACACACACACACACACACACACACACACACACACACACACACACACACACAGACACAGACACACACACACUCUCCACCAGCGGCCUGUGGCCACUAAAGACUUUGUACAUAUGAGCAACGUUGCUCACGGCAACCUAACCAUGUAAAUUAUUUUUACUUCCUGUAGCUCUCUUCCCCUUCACCCCGCCCACCUGUCACUUGACGGACAGCCGUGGUUCCCUUCCCCUCUUUUUAAAGCGCCCACCUCCCCAUUGGCUGUUGGUUGCUGAUGUCAUCAUUGGGUUAUUAUUUUGUUUGAUGUGUGUCUGUCAUUGUUUUAUAGCUCUACUGUACUAUAGGCCGUUUGAAAUACUAAGUGGAAUUAUGAAUUAAAACAUUCCUGAAGACCUCGA